GUGCGUUCUACAGCAGGCACCCUGAGAAUCAGCUGUUGUCGGCGGGAGGCGGAGGCACUUACUGGCACUUACUGGCACUCACUACUUGUUGCAAUGGCGACCACACGGCUUCUUCAGUCCUUUAAGGCUAUCCCAAGACUGAGUUUGUAUAGGAAUUAUAAUGCUGCUGCGGAAACCACAAAACUCUUCAUUAAUGGGCAAUUUGUUGAAAGUAUAACUGGAGACUUUAUUGAUGUCCAUAAUCCAGCAACAAAUGAGAUUGUUACACGAGUGCCUAAAGCAACUCAAGGUGAGAUGCAGGCUGCUGUUGAUGCUGCUAAAGCAGCCUUCAAGACUUGGUCGGAAACCUCAGUUCUCACUCGCCAGCAAGUGAUGUUCAAGUACCAGCAGAUCAUUAAGAACAAUAUUCAUGAUAUAGCCAAGGCCAUUACACUGGAGCAAGGGAAAACCUUGAUUGAUGCUGAAGGAGACGUGAUGAGAGGCCUCCAGGUGGUAGAGCAUUGUUGCAGCAUCACCAGCUUACAGCUAGGAGAGACGCUGCCAUGCAUUGCACGCGACAUGGAUGCUCAUUCAUAUCGUGUACCACUUGGGGUGUGCUCAGGGGUUGCUCCAUUUAAUUUCCCGGCAAUGAUACCUCUCUGGAUGUUUCCCGUUGCGUUGGUCUGUGGAAAUACCUAUGUAUUUAAGCCGUCUGAACGAGUACCUGGUGCAACCAUGAUGCUGGUUGAAAUGUUGAAGGAAGCUGGCUGCCCUGAUGGUGUUGUCAAUGUCAUCCAUGGUCAGCAUGAAGCUGUCAACUUUAUCUGUGACAAUCCUGACAUCCGGGCUAUUUCCUUUGUGGGUUCGGAUGCUGCUGGUCGAUAUAUUUAUGAAAGGGGAUCCAUGAAUGGAAAGAGAGUACAGUCCAAUAUGGGGGCCAAGAACCAUGGAGUGAUUAUGCCUGAUGCUAACAAGGAUAGUACCUUAACUCAGCUGGUUGGAGCAGCUUUUGGUGCAGCUGGUCAGAGAUGUAUGGCUCUAAGUACAGCAGUGUUUGUCGGAGAGUCCAAAAAUUGGCUACCAGAGUUGAUUGAAAAGUCCAAGAAGCUUAGAGUGAAUGCUGGCCACGUUGCAGAUGCGGACUUGGGUCCGGUAAUCUCCCCAGCUGCUCGGCAACGUAUAUGCAGCUUGGUGCAGUCGGGCAUUGAUGAAGGAGCAACAUGUGUACUGGAUGGACGUAAUAUUGUUGUAAAAGGUUACGAAAAUGGAAACUUUGUUGGGCCAACUAUUCUGACAAAUGUCACGCCAAACAUGACUUGCUACAGUGAGGAGAUCUUUGGGCCUGUAUUGGUUACUUUGUCGGUGGACACCUUGGAUGAGGCUAUUGAGAUCAUCAACACCAACAAAUAUGGUAAUGGAACAGCCAUAUUCACCACCAAUGGAGCUACGGCCAGGAAAUUUACAAAUGACAUUGAUGUUGGGCAGGUUGGGAUCAACGUACCAAUUCCUGUACCUCUGCCAAUGUUCUCCUUUACCGGGUCACGAGGAUCAUUCCUGGGCGAUACCAACUUCUACGGUAAAGCUGGCAUCAACUUUUACACACAGCUCAAGACAGUAACACAAAUGUGGAGAGAAGCCGAUGUUACUCCUACUCAGUCUGCUACAGCAAUGCCAGUUAUGCGCUGAUCACCAUGUCGACUCCUCAGAUGGGGUUUUGUAUGCAGGGUGCUUGGCCACGAAAUUUACUAGUUUUCCUGAGUACUGAUUGCCUUCAUAUGCUGAAAUGAAGACCAUAAAUGUUUUUACCAAUUUCUAUGUAUUCUACAUUACAAAAACUAAAAAAAAAAGUUUUGUACAAAUUUAGCCUGUUCCACAAAAUGGCAUAGCUUAAAUCAAUUUCAGUAAAAAUCAUUGUAACAUCAAAUGUUUAAAAAAAUAUAUGGUAUUUACUC